AUGGGCUUCUUCGCCACGUCUACCGGCUACUUUGCCUUUUGCGCCCUGCACCUCGUGUGCUUCGCGCUGGCGCUCGCGGUGUGUGGCUUGUACGGCCAGGACAUCAACAAUGCCCACCAGAAAGACAAACACAGCGACUCUAAAUGGGUGAGCAACUCUCCACACGCGGUUGGCCAACGUGGCGCGAGCACGCGUGCACUGUCGGCCGUGACGUGCGUCUUCUGGUUUGUCCCUGCCCUUCUGCGCCACGCGGGCGUGCUUGGGGCUGUUUGGAACUCGAUACUCUUCAUUCUGUGGAUUACGCUGUUUGGGGUCUUUGGCGCGCUGUUCAUCCACGAGGAUGCCGAGGGCGACGGCGACAUCCAGCGCAUGAAGAACGCCGUGUGGGUUGAUCUUACGAGCGCGCUUUUGUGGCUGAUUUCUGCCGUUGCCACUACCGUCUACUGGUGGAGGCACCGUGAUGCCCGAUCGACGUUUACUGGACGCGCUCGUGUUUAA